UGUAAAUUUGUUUAUAUUCAAAUUCGAAAACAUGGAUAACCUUUGCGAAAAUCGUCAAGAACUUCCAAAACGUUUGCGGGAAAAACUGAUCUUCCACAAACGAGUGGUCAUUGGGCGAAAUAAUGUAGUUUAUGCUGUGAUAACCAGCGAGUUGCAGUUGUUUGAAGUGAAGCAGCAGUCAAUUGUGUCUUCACUUGCCUUGGCGGAAUUUUUACCGGCCGAUGUUGAAACGGAUGAAAAAGUGGAUUUAUGUGUGUAUCGAUCGAACGAUGGGAUCGGGAAAAAGAUCUUAUAUUUAAUUCAGAUUAACCGUAAUCUUGUGGUAGUGGAAAGGAAGGAUCAUGAAUCGAGGAAAUUUUGUCAUCGCCAGACUUUUGAACGUUUCGUGAGACACGAUGUCACCGAAAAAGAUGACCGGCCUGGAUAUACAGUCGUAAAUAUUUAUACUGAAGACCAGCCGGAGCCAACCGUGACGGAUUUUCAGUCAUACCGGAUCGAACCCACCAAAUCGAGCGUUGAUAAUUUUACCUGUUUCGACGAUAUCCUGAAAACGUUGAAGGAACAAAAUGAUGAAAAGAGAGCUCAGUUAGCUACUCUUCGAUUAACCACUGGAGAGUUGUUUGAGCAGCAGGGUAAUCGACUGAAGCAAGUUUCACUCCUACUCCGUACCGAGAAUCCAUACGAAAAGCAGCCCUUGGUCAAGUACGGAGACGCUUGGAUCAAGGUACAUAAUGAAUUGAUCGUGGUUGGAUUUCCGGUGUUCAACUGCACUGAUACACGGCAGCUAACAUUGACAAAUCUACAACUACUAUUGAUCAAUCGUAACAAGACACUUUUUGACUAUUCAUACAAAUUCUACCAGCUGAGAGAUGACGAUUUCAAUUUCAAAAAUUACGAGGAAAUUCUGCAAGCCGAAGAAACCGUUUCAACAGUACCUCUGUUCCGACAAGAAUGGGAACAAACACAGAACAACGCAUUGCACCCGGAAGAAUCUGGUAUUUUCAUGGCAACGAUGAAGUUGUCAGUUCUGAGCAGCUUGGAGCUCUCGACGACAUUAGCAUGCUUCGUUACUUAUGACGUCGCCAACGGUGAGAAAAACUUCUGUGGUCGUCUACAAUUGUAUCUGGGGCCAGUGGAGAUCAAAAGGACUAACCUGUAUAGCCGCAGUACGACCAUAGACUUCACAGGAGCGGAUAUUUUCAAGGAUCUGCUCGUUAUGACGGCCACUUCUGAGCAUCUGUGUUUCGAAAUCUCUUUCAAGAAACAGCCAACUACCGGUAUAGAUCGAUUCUUCGUAGAUGUUCUCAAAUUCAAACUUGUUGAUUUGGGCUUCAAAGUGGAUGCGCAGGAAUCGCCACGCAUACUAUACAAUGGCGAUAAUGGAUACUUACAGGCAACGCUGAUAAGAUUAGAUGAGCUACAAAGUACGAAGCAGAAGAUGAAAAUCUAUUGCAGACAUCAACACCAAAUACUGACAUUGCUACAAGCCAUUUACUCGGAUUACGAAGAAGAUUGUUCAAUUGCGCUCUAUGAGGAUCGAAAUACAACAUUAUUAGAGUUGAAGGACAGUCUUCUCAAAGAGUUGGCGAUGAAAAUCGAGCAACCGACGAAUGUGGAGGAGAUUAUAGCAAGGGAAAUGGCUACUGAUUGUAUCUUUUCCAAACUUGCUAUUGAUUAGAGUAGUGAAAAUUGAAAGAUACGUUGUAAUCUUUUAUCUUACCAGUUGUUGUUGAACUUUUCAGUUAAUUCGCCUUUAAACGAGAGAUAUUCCGAAGGGACGAAUGACCUUUGGGUUAAUGUCCGUUAAAAACAAGAACAAGGAGUAAUAUCUUCUCACUCUGAGCUUGAUUUUUCUCGUUGUGACUAUCUUAUUUACUGUAAAUUUCGGGAUUGCUUCUCUGAAUUGGAACCGCAUAUUCGACGUCGUAUCUAUAUUUUAUGAAAAUUUGAACAAAAUUAUAAGAGAAACAGUUCCGUUGAUGGUCCGACAUUCUGGGAAUUUCAAUCAUCUUUGGUGGACUCCACAGCUUCGGAAUCUUCGCAAUCGACUGCGAAAAGCGAGAAAACGAUUCCUUCACAACAAAAAAAUACGGGUGGGUAAUGUCGGGGACAUAACCGGAGUGACGUAGGACUAUACAAAGGGGACAGCUUUUGUUAAAGAUAUAUUUUAAAUAUGUUGUUUUAUUUUCUUCUCCUACGUGAACCUGAAAAUCUACCUGAAAAAUGGAUCAGUUUACUGUUUACUCUUUAUGAAUAUGUUGAUGGUUCUGAAAAGAACCUUUGGUGUUGUGUUUUUGUUAUCACUCGAUAUUCCCAUCUUGUUCGGUUAAACCUUCCUGUUUAGCUAUUGCGUUUGCCACUCGCCACAGCUUUCACAGUUGGAAAAUUUCUUCCCAUCCAGCUUGUGACAUGUUGUUCAGUAAAUUACAUUGAAUGCGACAUGCCGGAGAAACACUUUGCCACU